UCCAAAAUCCUUCCUCUAUGGACAACUCUUUGGAAAUGUCAUUUUUUCGCGUUAACAAAUGGCUCUUAGGACUUAUUGGCUUUUGGCCAUUAGAUAAAUUUAAUCGUGCAAAAAAAAUUAAAAUAUUUUUCAAUUUAAUAUUAUUAAUAACGGCAAUUUUUGGAGAAUUUCGAUUUGCCGUUUUGAUGCGAAAAGAUCCCUUGUAUGCAUUUGAAGUGAUUUUACCGUGUCUAACGAAAAUUGUAACUUGGAUAAAAUUGAUUUGUUUUGUGGUUUAUCGCCGAGAUUUGGAACUUAUUUUGAAAAGACUUUUUGAACACUGCAAAACAGAUACUAAAAAUAUUGAAAAGAAUAAAUUGAUUGCAAGGGUAACUUAUAUCACAAAUAUUUGGUGUAAGGUACUUUACAUAAACGCUGUGUCUUUGUUAUCCUUGUUUGCUGUUAAACCUCUUUUAAUUUGGGUUUAUCAGUUCUUGAUGAGUGGGAAUAAGGACAAUUGGGUAGAUUUGCCAUUUCCAGCGGCUCUGCCUUAUGAAGAUAUGACUCGGAUUAAUAACAAAACCUUGUAUUCUAUUAUUUAUUGUUUCCUUGUUCAUUCGGGAACGAUAAAUAUACUUGGAGUUUGUGGUACUGAUGGGACAUUUUUGUGCUUUUGCUUGUACAUUUCUGUUUCCUAUCAGUGUCUACAGGAAGAUUUUAAACGUUCUUUCAAAAGCUUCAGAUUAGGAGGUAAGUUUGCAGGUAAUUAA